AUGGUCUUCGUGGAGACUAAAUAUGUACGGGUCGUCAUGCAAGGGAUUAUUCUUAUUAUAUUACUAACACACGGAUCUGUUCAACAGCCUACUUUCGAUUGGCUUCUAUAUUUUUCGUUUCCAUCGUCCGCUGCACAUUUUCACGACUGUCUGCUGAUCGAGUCGACCUGGUAUUGCCAGAGACCCACGAAUGUAUCCAAGAUUCCAAUCUCAUCGUUUUCAUGUCCCGAGAACAUGACACGAUCAUUUAAAGAAUUGAGAUCAAGUGAUGUUAGUGCCGAAGAAUUACUAAAUUGGUCUGUACCAAUUGAUAUAGCCCAAUCAUAUGCGCACUAUCUAUCACUCGCCACACUGAAGUCGAAGCAUUACGAUAAUAAAUCUAUCUGUCAUUGCACUAACGAUAGAUUCGGAAUGAAUUGCGAAUACCUGAAACCUGACUUCCGUCUUACUCCGAGAUCGGUACUGGUGAGCCAACUUACAGCGGCUAGGGUUGGUUCUUUCCUCGACAAAUGGUGUUUGAUUGAUGUUCCAUGCCAGAUGGGCACGAACUGCCUCGAUUGGCGAUACGUUUGCGACGGGAUUGAACACUGCCAAUUUGGUGAGGAUGAGUAUAAUUGCGAACUGUUGGAAGCCAAUGAAUGCGAAGUGAGUGAGUAUCGAUGUCGAAACGGUAUGUGCAUACCACAAGACUGGCUGUUUGAUACUAUGCUGGAUUGUCAAGAUGAAUCGGACGAACAAAGGUUAAGUAUGCUGACUAAGACAGUGCAAGGAUGUCGACAAUUGCCUUAUCAGGCUGACUGUGCCGAGCGUUUAUGUAGUAGUGAGGAGCCAUACUCAUGUGGUGACGGGCAAUGCCUAAGAUGGCAACAUCUCUUUGACCAACAAGACCAUUGUAACAAUUACCGAGAGAUGUUUCAUCGAUGUGAAAUGAACCAUGGGCUUGAAUUGAGAACGACCAACAAUGAUGGUUCCUGUCUGAAAUCUGCUAAUAAUCUUAGAAAACUAGUUGAGGAUGAUAAUUGCACAGCGGCUUUCCGACAUCUACUGUUAGGAAAAGUAAGAACGAUCGAGCCUUUCAAUCAAUCGUGCAACGAAUUUUUUAACUUUCCACGACAAUCAUUUCUCACAGCAAACAUGCAUACUCACUAUAAUAAAUCAAUCUUUUAUUUAAAUAAAAUCAUUAGUCAAGCUCCUCCCUAUGCGAUAGCGCCAGUACAUCAGAGACCGCAUUACUUCUGUUUUCAUGGAAGUGCAACUUGCAAUGGGAUCAUCACUACUUUAAAUCAAUCCUUUUGCGUCUCGUCUCGUGAAGUGCUCCGCAGAUACAACCAAUGGCCGUUUCGCUUUUUAUUGUGCUCGAGCUCAUUUACCAACUCACGACUACCACACACGAGAAAUAAUCGUGGUUUUUGGCAGUGCAAAUCCAACGAGCGGUUCAUUAGCGAAUGGCGCAUCCAUGAUGGUUAUCAAGAUUGCCCUUACGGAGAAGAUGAGCUCCCAUCGCUGAGUGCACUGGUGAAUCGGCCACAUCGAUAUCGAUGUUUCUCAGCGGUGCCAUUCCAAUACAUCAGUACCCAUCAACUUGGUGAUGGACGUCGAGAUUGCGAUGAUGGUUCCGACGAGAUCUCUCCGUUCAUCGAUUGGAACUCUCACAAAUGUUGGAAUGAUAAUUUCUUUUCAUGCGACAUUUUGCGUGACGAUGAAAAGGUUCGGCAGAUUCAUUUGGCAUUUCAUCACUAUUGCAAUACGGUGUGGGAUACAUGGAACGGUGAUGACGAACGAAACUGCACGCACUGGAUUUGCUCGAAGCCGUACAUCCGAUGCAACAGGACUGGACAAUGCAUCAAAGGUGCAUGGCAAUGCGAUGGCGAAUGGGACUGUGCAGAUGGUGAAGAUGAACGCAAAUGCUCCACGAACAAAUCGCGGUUUUCUCUAGAGGAAGUAUGUCACUCCAGAGGCGAUUUCUUCUGUAUAACACCUGAGUUUAUUCAAGAUCCAGUUAAAUUACAUCUUUGCAUCUCAUGGACACAGGUAGGUAACAAUCAGAUCGAUUGUUUAGGCGCCACUGAUGAACGUAAUACCGCUUGGUGCAGAGAGGACAAUCGAAUGCUGGGCCAUCGGUUUCGAUGCGCUAACGGUUCGUGCAUACACAAUAGCCUGGUCUGCAAUGGAUUCAAUGAUUGCAUCGAAGGCAGUGAUGAACAAGUGUGUUAUUGGAUGCAUGGGAGUAAUCGAACUACGUCGACCUGCAACUAUCCGCAAUUUCAAUGUUUGAAUGGAAAAUGUAUCCCAUCAUAUUCAUGCUCCAAAAGAAAGCAAUGUGCGGACAGUGAGCAUUUGUUCUGGUGUGCGAAUACUUUAGUCGCAUAUCGAGGAAAUAAGAGAUCAUUAUCCAACUAUGAUGAAUUCUGUAUGGGUACUAGAGAAGCCUUCACUUCUACACCAUCUACGACUUCCGGCACAGUUUCACCACCACCAGCAAGUGCGAGCCUGUCAGUUUUAGUGUGCAAUCACGGGCUGAUUAUCCAAAAAAAUACAUCUUAUGGUCUCGUUACAUCAUGCUUCUGUCCACCGAAUCAUUACGGUGACCGCUGUCAAUACUAUAGUCGGCGAAUUCCAAUUCGUGUUCGCCUCGAUCGUUUACAUCGAACAGAUUUACCACACAUUUUACACAUCUACAUGUAUCUAGUAUGCAACCGGAGUGAAAUAGUUGAUUACGCACAAUUCGUUGACUCGGUUGGCAAUACUCGUCUGAAGUACGAUCGUUAUUUACUCUAUCCUCAGCCGAAGCCUUCGUGCCAGUACAGCGUUCGUUUCGAAGCACUUAACUCAAGUUCAGUGAACAUCGACCUCCUAGCCGUUUGGGAAUACGCGAUCGCUUUCGAUUUCCUACCUUCUUAUCGCUUCGCUAAAAUUCUUCGUUUUCCGCUGAUUGAACACGCCCACAUUCCUUGGAACUGUGCACAGUUCAUCUGUCAGAACAACGGCACAUGCCACGUGAUCAUUAACAGACAUGAGCUAGGUGAUAGUCACUGCCAAUGCCCGUCCGAAUUCACCGGUCAGUUUUGUGAACAACGACACGCAUCUAAACGAUGUCCAUGCUCUCAGUCCGCACAAUGUCGUGCGAUUCACACCGACGUAACUACUGAUGAGCUAGAUUGGUUUUGUGUGUGUCCCGAAGGCCAGGUUCCACCGUUGUGUCGUUUGAAAAAUCCCGUAUGUCGAUCGAAUCCAUGCUUGAACAACGGUAGUUGCUACGCACAUGCGGAAGUUGGUAAUUAUACAUGCAUCUGCGGUCAAUACUACAGUGGCCGACGGUGUGAAAAAACGACCGCCAUCAUCACUCUCUACUCGACAACUAAUCGUUAUUUUCCCCACGAUCAUUAUCAAGGCUUCUUGCUGCAGCUAUUCGGUGUGCGUCGAGGUUUCACCGUCCUGCGACAACAGUCAUUGAUUCACUGGCAUCAACUGCCGCUCAGCAUUCCCUUCGAUUCGCAAGACGUUUUCACUGAGCUCGGAUUUCUACACGUCUUUGAGCGGCAGGUUUCGAGUAUUCGAUCGCGUGUUCAUCUUCUCUAUGCGAACUGUACUGAGCAUACACGAUUUCGAUUCGCCGUCGAUGUUGCCAAAGCGAUCGACUGUAAGAACUUGAUGACGACAAAAGACAUACACAUGUUUCACGGCUACUGCCAAAAGCAUCUCUCAGUUCAUUGCUUUUAUACAGAAGAAUAUUUCUGUCGAUGUGAUCGAGAUCCCUCGCGCGCCGAGUGUGUCUCGUUCCACUUGGAUUUGAGCGAGUGUCAUCAAGAAAGCGUUUGCUUCAACGAUGGCCAGUGUAUUCAUGGCAAUCGCCUGAAUAGAUCAGAUUUUGUCUGCAUAUGUCCGCUGUGUACCACUGGUAAAAGGUGUCAAUACGCUUUUGGUCGAUUCACGGUUACUCUGGAAACUCUGUUGGUAUCUAUGUCUAUGGGAUCACUCUAUCAGUUGAUCGCACCUGCACUGAUGUUUAUUUUUGGCUUGCUAUUCAAUGGAAUAAGCGCUAUAGUAUUCUAUAAAACGUACACGCGUCAAUUAUCCCCAUCGAAACGAUCGUCGCGUGGAUGUAGCAUUUAUUUAUUGACGAAUAGCAUUUUCAGUCAACUGACGGUCACUUUGCUGCUGGUACGCAUUGUUCAUCUACUACUAAUUCGCAUCUAUCCAAUAAAUCUAAAUGUGAAUAUUAAUCUGUGCCGCAUCCUGCCGUAUGUCAUGUCAUCGAUGUGGUUUGUCAGUUCAUGGAUUAUGUCGUUCAUUAGUAUGACUCGGAUGAUGUUCAUUGUGUGGCCAAAAGCCUACUUAUCGAUUCAUUCGUCACGAUUCGCUGCUCGGAUGAUUCUCGUUACAAUGCUACUGGUUUUUGCUAGUUGCGUCACGUACAUUCUCUCAUAUCGAAUUCUCCGCGAAACUACUGAUCAACAAACAGAAACGUGGUGUGUAUUACACUUGUCAUCGUCAAACACAAUUUACCUGCGGCUUGCGAUGUUCUUGCAUCAGAUCGUGCCAUUCACGUUGAACGUCAUUUCAACAUUGGUUCUUCUUCUCCAUAUCAGCCAAUCGAAAGCCAAUAUGAGUAAGGCAAGCCAUUGGAAUUCGUUCGUUAUAGUUCUGGAACAACGAGUGGAAUUUCUCAUCGCUCCAGUGGUUUGUUUUGUUAGUCAAUUGCCACAAAUUAUUCUCAUCUUUCUUGACAGUUGUCAAUUCAUUGAUAGUCGAGCGUUCAACAUCAUCGCACUUCUUUUCUAUUAUUUCUCUUUUGCACCACAGAUUUCGAUUCUGCUUAUCUAUACUCUACCAUCGCCACUUUAUAAGGAACAGCUUAGAGAAAUCAGCUGGCUGAAGCACAUCACCCGACACAAAUGA